UCGUCGCUCUCUCGAUGAAGAGAGACGCGAAACACAAAAUAAAUAAUAAAACUAGUUCCCACCGUUCCCUUCCUGCCCUACGCUACCUGUUCCCCACCACUAACUAAACAACAGGCCGCGGAAUUCCCAUCGCUGCUGACCGCUAAUGGAGAGCAGGCAACCAAGCAGCUAGAGUCUGGCUCAGUUGCUGGCUUACAUGCGAACAGUUCACUCGUUCCGACUGCUUUAGGGUAUACGUUUCUAUAGCAACCACCUGUAGAAAUCGUAUAGCAAUUAGCAUGCCAUCAGCCCGACUCUUUUUAUCCAUGUGGCGGUUCAGUGCUACGGUCGCUGUGUUCGUAUUUGUGCUUCAGUGUCCAGCUAGUAGAGCACAGUAUCUUGGAAGUUCCUGUUUAACGCCAGAACGUAAUGAUGGUACAUGUGUUCCGGUGGUUCAGUGUAAUAGCGUGCAGGCGCUUCUCAGCAAACCGGUUUUGACGGCGACUGAUGUUCAAUAUCUCGAGAGUAGCCGCUGUGGAGUGCUGGAGAAGAAAGUUCUCGUUUGUUGUGGAUCGCUGAAUAAAGGCACAGCAUCCACAGAGGCACAAGCGGGGCAAGUACCGGCAACAGCAGUUGUGACUGUCGCACCGCGGAUACCUUUGGAGGAACGAGCGAAGCUUCUGCCAACCGAGUGUGGCAUUCAGUACACGGAUCGAAUCAUCGGUGGUGAACGGGCCAAGAUUGACGAGUUCCCGUGGACGGUGCUUAUACAGCAUCGAAAGAGAAACGGCCAGGUCUCCUUCCACUGUGGAGGGUCAAUCAUAAGCAAUCGUUACGUUCUAACCGCUGCGCAUUGCAUCAACAGCAUAGCUCGAUCAUGGACUAUAACGGCUGUUCGGUUAGGAGAAUGGGACCUUCAAUCGGACAACGAUUGUCAAACCUUCUUCGAUGAGGAAGUCUGUUCGGACCCGGUGCAAGAUAUACCGAUUGAAAAGAUCAUCGUACAUCCGCAAUACCGUGCAACGCUGUCGCAGGUGAAGAAUGAUAUUGCUCUGAUACGGUUAGCUCAGCCAGCGAGACUCAAUGACUUCGUGCAACCUAUUUGCUUACCAAUAAGCAGCGCGGCCCGGACGACAUCGUACGAUGGUAAAAUCGUACAGGUUGCAGGAUGGGGUCAAACAGAAAAUGUCACCCAAAGUCAAUACAAAAUGUUUGUAAGCGUCAAAGCAGUACCUGAGCAGAUCUGUCAGCAGGUCUACCCGAGCGGAGCCAUUGAUAUUACCCAAGUUUGCGCUGGUGGUGAAGCAAACAAGGACUCCUGUAGAGGCGAUUCUGGUGGAGCGCUUAUGUAUCCCGAGCAGACCAACACUGGACCAGUGACGUACCUGGUUGGAAUAGUGAGUUAUGGAAGAAAGUGUGGCCUCGCCGGUGUUCCUGGAGUGUACACUCGCGUCAAUCAGUACCUGGAAUGGAUAGUAGGAAAUCUUGAUCCUUAAUCGGUGAAAGAACGUGCCGACUGAGAAAUAUUACCUCAACAAGCCUCGGAAUGUGGCAUCGUACUGGCAUUUUUCAGUCCUGGUAAAACGCAAAAAACGAGAACUGCUCAAAAUUAUGUGCCUGCAUUUAUUGAUGACGAUUGUCGUACAAGCUGAAUGAAUGAAAUUUGAAUAUGCCUUCAGAAUGAAAAGAGUGUCAUAUCUACACAUUUCAAUAACC